AUGGCCGACCGCCAAAAGUUUGAAGCAGUCCAGGAGUUGCUCUUUCUUGAGCUGAAAGAGGGCCUAAUACAAAGGGGCACACCAGCAGCGCAAAGGGAACGAGUUGAGAAAUGUCUGAAGGAAAACACGGCGGGAGGGAAACUCAUCCGGGGUCUGGCGGUCGUGAACACCGGCUUCAGCUUCCUCAAACGACCUCUAACCGAGGCCGAGCAUGAGGAGUUGAGCAUUCUUGGCUGGUGUACUGAGCUGUUCCAGGCAGCGUACCUUAUCUGGGACGACAUCAUGGAUAACUCAGAAUACCGGAGAGGCAAGCCAUGUUGGUAUCGCGCAGGGGGCGUGGGACUCCUAGCAAUUAAUGAUGCCUCGCUUCUUAAAUCAUGCAUCUUCAUUCUCUUACAGAGACAUUUCCGCGAUCAUCCGGAGUAUCUUGCUUUUAUCGAACUCUUUAACGAGGCGGGGUUCCGGACAGAGCUCGGGCAGCUGUGUGACACGACCAUAGGUUGCAACAGUAUCGCCGGAGACAUGUCGGCGGAACAGUACACCUUCAUCGCCACCAACAAGACCGCAUUCUACAGCUUUUACUUGCCCGUUGCCCUGGGACUGCAUUACGUCCGAGGUGCCAGCAAAGAGAAUCUAGAAGAAGCACAGAGCGUUCUCCUGCAGAUCGGGGAGUACUUUCAGAUACAAGAUGACUACCUCGAUGUCUUCGGGGAUCCAAAGACAACAGGCAAGAUCGGCACUGAUAUUCAAGAUAAUAAGUGCAGUUGGCUUGUCAUUCAAGCGCUCCAUUCGUGUACCGCCGAUCAACGACAGAUUUUGAUUGACUCUUAUGGCAAACGCGAUCCGGUUCCUGAACGUAGAGUUCUACAGUUGUUUGACCAGAUGCAAAUCGAGAAGAUGUACAGAGAAUUUGAAGAGAGGAAGUUGGAAGAGCUAUACAAGCAGAUUAACGACAUUGAUCGGAGAGGCGGACUGCAAAGCAACAUUUUUCUGUUCAUUCUUGAUGCAAUUCGUCAACGGAACAAAUAA